UAUCAAAUUUUGUUUGUUUUUUAUUAAUUGGUUUUACAAUUAGUAAUCAACAAGCAUUAUGCAAUAUAAUUGAUUUACCACGUACCACUACAACUACCAGUUCAAUGACACAAUCAAACCCAUCACCAAAAUUGGUUAGUAUUGCCGAUAUCGAAGCCGAAGCCAAUCGGCUUAUGGAACCGUCGAUCAGGAGUUACCUGAAUUAUGGUGUACUCAGUGGUGAGACAUUGAGAGCUAAUGUCGAUGCAUUUAAAUGGUUGCGCAUACGGCCCCGGUAUAUGGUUGAUGUGUCGAAGCGUAACCUAAGUGUCAGUGUGAUCGGCGGCGAUACCAUACCGAUGCCAAUAGCAGUGUCGCCGUCUGGUCUUCACAAACGUUUUCAUCCGGACGGCGAGUUCGCGACCGGCAAAGCUGUUCGUCAAAAGGGCACAGUUAUGAUUGUCAGCAUUGCAUCGACGGUAGCUAUCGAAGAGUUGGCCGCCGCCGAACCCGACCUAAUCAAGUGGUUACAGAUGUUUAUAUAUCGUGAUCGUAAUAUGACUAUUGAUUUGGCGCUGAGAGCAAAACAGUCGGGUUUUCGGGCACUGGUACUAACUGUUGACUACAACGCUAGGGGACUCAGGUAUCACAAUAUAAAGAGCGGUUACAAAACAGCGCAUAAAAUGGCAAAUUAUGAAUCGUAUAACAUUUCCAAAGAUGUGGCCAAAGAUACCAAUUGGCAGGACAUCCGAUGGUUAAAGGAGACAACUGGACUGCCGGUUGUUAUUAAAGGCAUAGUUACCGCUGAAGACGCCCGGCUGGCCGUUGAUAACGGUGCCGAUGCUAUACUAGUGUCCAAUCACGGCGGCCGACAGUUGGAUGGAUCGCCGGCUACUUUGGAAGCACUUCCCGAGAUUGUCGAAGCAGUUGGCCGUGAAGUUGACGUCUAUAUGGACGGCGGUGUCCGUACCGGUGCCGAUGUGUUCAAAGCAUUAGCCAUUGGCGCCAAAGUUGUGUUUGUCGGCCGACCCGUGUGUUGGGGACUCGUAUGCAAUGGCUCUAAUGGUGUCAAACAAGUAUUGGACAUUUUGAACAAUGAAUUAGACAAUUAUAUGACAAUUGCCGGCACACCCACUGUCGGGGAUAUUACUAGAAAUCAUGUCCGAUAUGUUAACGAUUAUCACAACUGA